AUGGUUGCCAAAGGCUACAGAAAGGAAAGUGUCUGUAUGAAUGAGGAGGGGGCUAGAAAAGGUGCCCUAAACAUUGUCUGCUUCACCUUACCCUGGCCAGCAUACUGCGGCUGGCAGGGAUCCCACAAAAGCAGUCGAACAAAAACAAAAUUUAGAGUGACACCGAUCACUAUUGGCACAUGGAAUGUGCGCACGUUACUGGACAACAUCACGGCAGACAGACCAGAGAGAAGAACAGCACUUGUCGCUAGAGAGCUCGCACGCUACAACAUCGACAUUGCAGCCCUUAGCGAAACUCGCCUUGCUAAUGAAGGACAGCUGUCCGAGUCAGGCGGUGGCUAUACAUUCUUCUGGAGUGGCCGCAGCAGUGAUGAGCGUCGCGAAUCUGGAGUUGGCUUCGCCAUCACGAAUCAUCUUGUUCGGAAACUUGCCAGUUCCCCCAAGGGUAUAGGAAAACAAGCUACUUUGAUCAGCGCAUAUGCUCCUACAAUGACCAACCCAGAGGAUGUGAAGGAUAAAUUCUACAAAGAACUAGAUACUCUGCUAUCGUCAGUGCACCGCACAGACAAGCUGAUUCUGCUUGGCAAUUUUAACGCAAGAGUCAUAUGCGAUGCCGCAGCCUGGGAAGGAGUCAUCGGGAAAAAUGGAGUGGGAAAGUGUAACAGCAAUGGCCUGUUACUGCUGAAAACCUGUGCAGCACAUGACCUUCUGAUUAGCAAUACGGUCUUCCGCCAUCCUACCCGUAACAGGACUUCGUGGAUGCAUCCCCAUUCCAAGCACUGGCAUUUGAUCAAUUAUGUCAUCAUCAAGAGAAGGGAUAGACAAGAUGUCAGGGUUGCAAAAGCUAUGUGUGGCGCUGACUGUUGGACGGAUCAUAGGCUCAUAGUAUCCAAAAUGAAGCUCCGUAUCAUACCGAAGAGACGACCACAAGGCUGUAAGGCUCUCAAAAGGAUCAAUGUGUCGAAGCUGAAGAACAGCCGCAUCACUGAAAAUCUAGCGGAAGACCUAGAGAAUGAGCUUGCUGAUCUUCGUAUUGAGGAUGACGCUGAGAAAGACUGGGAGCGAUUCCGCAACACUGUCCGUACAGCUGCAUUGAAGGUAUUGGGGCCCUCCACAUGCAGGCGGCAAGACUGGUUUGACGAAAAUGAUGCAGAAAUACAGGUCUUACUUGCUGAGAAGCACCACCUGCAUUGUGCAGAUCAAAACGAUCCAUCCUCAGCGGCAAAGAAGACCGCCUUUAUCAACGCUCACAGAACAGUACCCCUCAAUACACUCUAUGGUCCACAGUCUUCUGGGAGCAUUCCCCUCCUGAAUUCUGAUGGUACUGUGCUCCUUACAGAGCAGAUUCUCCAGAGAUGGGCUGAACACUUUGAAUCAAUUCUCAAUCGCCCCAUAGUCAUCAAUGAUGAGGCCAUUGACAAGGUGCCCCAGGUUGCAGUCAAUGACUCCAUGGACGCUUCACCAGAAGAGGACGAAGAGAAGAAAGCUAUCAAUCAGCUGUCAAAUGGCAAAGCCCCAGGGUCAGAUGCCAUACCAGCAGAGGUGUACAAAGUUGGUGGACCCGUGCUGCUACGGAAACUCACUGAGCUGUUUCAGUCUUUUUGGAAGCAGGGAACCAUUCCACAAGAAUAUAGAGACGCGUCCAUCUUGCAUCUCUAUAAGAGGAAGGGCAAUCGCCAGGUAUGCGACAAUCACCAUGGAAUCUCGCUGCUUUCUACAGCGGGGAAAGUUCUUGCACGGGUUCUGUUGAACCGAUUGAUCACUCACCUGGAGAAGGGCUUACUGCCAGAAUCACAGUGUGGCUUCCGCAAGGGACGUGGGACUAUUGACAUGAUCUUCGCUGUGCGUCAGCUACAGGAGAAAUGUCAAGAGCAGAAUCAUGAACUCUACACAACUUUUGUGGACCUCACGAAAGCAUUUGACUCUGUCAGUCGUCAGGGCCUGUGGAGGAUCAUGUCGAAAUUUGGAUGUCCAGACAGAUUUAUACGAAUGGUACGUCAAUUUCAUUACGGUAUGAUGGCUCGUGUCCUGGAUGACGGCUUCCCAGUCACUAACGGCAUCAAGCAAGGGUGUGCUUUAGCACCCACUUUGUUCAGCAUGAUAUUCUCUGCUACUUUGACUGAUGCCUUUCAACACUGCACAGAAGGAGUAGGCCUGAAGUAUAGAACUGACGGGAAACUAUUCAAUCUGAGGCGACUGCGUGCCAUCACCAAGGUGAAGGAAACUGUACUUCGAGACUUUCUUUUUGCCGAUGAUUGUGCUCUGAAUGCUAGUACAGAGCCAGAAAUGCAAGCCAGUAUGGACAAGUUUUCAACUGCAUGCAACAACUUCGGUCUCACUGUUAACAUCAAGAAGACUGAGGUCAUGCACCAGCCAGCUCCCCACGCUCCAUACUCAGAACCGUCCAUCACUGUAAAUGGACAGAGACUUCAGACAGUGAAUCACUUCACAUACCUGGGCAGUACCCUUUCCCGAGCAGUGUCAAUCGAUGAUGAAGUAAACUGCAGAAUUGCUAAAGCCAGCUCUGCAUUUGGCCGAUUGCGCUCCAAUGUUUGGGAAUGUCGAGGGAUCAGCCUACCAACGAAGCUGAAGGUCUACCGAGCAGUGGUGCUUCCAACUCUGCUGUAUGCCUGCGAGACAUGGACUGUCUAUCGGAGUCAUGCAUGAAGGCUCAAUCACUUCCACAUUUCCUGUCUGCGAAAGCUUCUAAAAAUCAGAUGGCAGGACAAAGUGCCCGAUACUGAUGUCCUUACUAGAGCCAGUCUGCCGUCAGUUCACACAUUGCUAAUGAGAGCCCAGACCAGGUGGGCCGGACAUGUCAUGAGAAUUUCAGACGAAUGCAUUCCUAAACAGUUCUUCUACGGAGAACUCACUCAGGGAAAGCACUCCCAUGGAGGACAAAAAAAGCGGAUCAAGGACACGCUGAAGACCUCUUUGAAGUCCUUCAAGAUCAACACUGCCACAUGGGAAACCUUCGCACUGAACCGUCCAGCAUGGCGCAACCUUAUUCACACAGGCAGUAAUACCUAUGAGGCGAGGCGUAUUGCUGAGGCUGAAAAAAAGCGUGAGCUGCGCAAGUCCAGAGCUGCUCGUACAUCAUCGACAGUGCCAUUACAUGUCUGCCCGACUUGUGAUAGGACAUUCCACGCCCAAAUUGGACUGAUCAGUCAUCUUCGGACGCACAGAGCCCGGUCAUCGAAAGAAUGAGUUGUUGAGGUCUUCAUCGAUAACGAUGGACGAACAUCAUAUAUUGUAAAUGGUUCCCCGGGUGUUCCUCCUUAUCCUAGCCUGCUGAUUCAUUUACCUCUUAGUCCUGUCUCCCAACAAAUGGGGCCUCACUCAUGUCCAAUUACUCACGUCAAUCCAUGCCUAUAUUCCACUACUUUUGUUUUUCUUAUUUAUAUUAGCAUUUCUUUCAUUUGCAUCAUAUUCCUGUCUUUCUAUGCUUUCUUUUUUAAGUUCAUUACCCAGCAACAUAUUCCCAAGACCACAGUAGUUGUAAUCAUUUGAACCACCAUUAAUACUAUAUUAGAUAGAACUCCAUCAUAUAGUUUUGUUUUUACCCCCUUAGUAACAUUUAUUUUACCCUUUAGUUAAACAGAACUUUUCAAUGGCUGGAGGUUUUGUCACAUUUUUGAAUGGCUACUGGACCAUUCAUAGUAGCUUCAUCAUUCAUAAUUAAUAACCCAUUAAAAGAAAAUAGAAUUUGGAUGGAUUUUGGUGGUUGGGCUUCACUUCUUAUAUUUGCUGGGUUGGGUUUUGCUCUUAAACUACACUGCCACCAGAAAAAGAAAACACAAACUGUCAUGGCUUCUCUUUGGAAACCUUAUAGGAUUUUAAUUAAAAGUAGCAUGUCUCGUUUACCUUUCUUUUAUGCCUUUUAUUGUAUACACUCCAUGGUCAAUGGGAAUGCACAUUCCUUGCUUGAUUUAACUUCCACUUUUUAUUUGCUAUAACAUUACAUUAGCCAUAUAAAUUUACAUAAUUAUAUAUUAUAUGUUAUUUAUAUUUAUUUUUCUUUUGAAGCUCUUAGCUGUUGCUUUAUUACUUUCCCCACUAUCCUGGUUCUGACCACCCUUUUAGUCCCUAUUUUCAUUUACUAAUAUAUAUUUAACAUUUGUAACCUAAAUUUAAAAAAGAAUGCUAAACUUUGUAAAAGCCUACAAAUGGUAGAUUUUCAAUCAAUUUCUGUUUCUCCAUCAGCAAGCUGGAAGCCUUGGGCCAAGAAGGUCUCCAUAUGCUCACAGUUGUUGCUUUGGAUGUUGCUGCUAUAUCUGCUGCAUGAUAAAUAAGGCUAUGUUUUAGUCAUGGGUAUUUUUAGUAAAAGUCAUGGACGGGUCAUGGGCAGUAAAUAAAAAUUCAUGGCCCAUGACCUGUCCAUGGGUCCUCGGGGGUUGGUGAGGGGUGGUCUGGGGGUGCCACAGGUGCUAGGAGAGGUGGUCCGGGACUCCCGCUGGUGGUGGUGGGGCGUGGGAGAUCGACCCUCUGUUACCUGUCAGCUUUGUGUUCUUGGGGAACCAGGGCACAGUAUCCAACCUGUCUGACUCACGAAGGACACCCCCUCCCCCAGCUUCUGCUUGAACC